GAAGCACUUCAUUCCACAACACCGAAGCUAUUGGGGAGCUCAAUUAGACUCCGCGAGUAUGGCGACUUCCACUCAGCCGACGUACAUUCCUAGCAAAGUCGCCAAGUCCGACUACCCCCUCAUCGACAAUGACCCACAUUUUCGGAGAGUAGUGGGAUAUGCCCGCCCAUCAGACUACGUCCACGGUACCGUAGCCGCCGCGGCCGGUCCGGGUCUCCUCCUAGCGAUGGAGAAGUUUGCGCCCUCGCAAGUCGGUCGAGGUGGUUUCGUACGAGCGCUGCGUCUAUCUGGUGCGAUUGGUGUGAUUGGUGGAUUCCUAUACUUCUACCAAAGAUCGUGCCUACGAUUUUACGGCAUGUCUGAGAACUCCCGCGAAGUAGAGAUGGACAUGCGAGAGAUGGUCGACAAGGUGAAGGCUGGGCAACCGCUAUACGGCGUUAGCUCCGUGACGCCACACAUGCAGGGCGUAGCCGCCCGGCAGUCGAGGUACUCGGCACUAUUCUUUGCCGUAUUGCCCUGGUUCAACUUCGUCAACCACAACCAGCACGGUGUUGACACCGCCAAGUACUACCUGCGUGCCGAGCAGGAGCUGGAAGCUGAGAGGUUGGGCAAGAGCACUAGCUCGUGAGUUGGGAGAAGAGUGCGAGAGGAAACGGUGAAGCGAGGAGGGAGGAGUUGCGGUUGUGUACAUAUCCAUCACCGAUAUUCGUCUGCUGGUAGACACUAGCCAGAGCUCAGAACGGCUCCGAAGACGACAUGAAAUGCAAAAUUUAACACUUCA